UCUUUCCCCGAAGGAAAAGCCUUGUUUUUGUUUUUUUUUUCAUUUCCCUCUGUUAAAACUAGCUAAAUAUUCUGUUUUUUUUCUUCACUUGUAACCAGUCUUGAACUUUGGGUUUCUUUCCUUGUUUGGUGAUGGAAGGCGCAUUAGUUUUACUUGGCGAUGGCGGUGGUGGUUCUUCUGGGGUUUCCACAAAUGAAUCUGCGGUGUUGUCUAAAGUGGAGGUUGUUUCUGAGGCUGAGAGUGAGUUGGAGUUGGGGCUGAGCCUUGGUGGCGGUGCUACAGGGAAGACCAAGGCUUCUAAUUCUUCAUGGGAAGAGAAUGGUAGAAUCUUGACUGCGAAGGACUUCCCUUCUUCAGUGGUUUCUCAAAGAACCAACAAUGGAGGUCCUUCUUCUGUUGCUGUUUCUGGGACCAAGAGAUCUGCUGAAUCUAUCUCCCAUGACAGUGGUUCCCCUACUGCUGUCAGCCAAGUUGUGGGGUGGCCACCCAUAAGAGCUUAUAGGGUGAACAGCUUCGUGAACCAAGCAAAGACACAAAGAGGUGAUGAAGAAGUUAAGCCCAAAUAUGAUUUGAAGAAGAAACACAAUUUCAAUGGUAAUGAGAAAGGUCAUCUUGGGUUUGUUAAGGUGAAUAUGGAUGGGAUUCCAAUAGGAAGGAAAGUUGAUUUGAAUUCUCAUUCUUCCUAUGAGACCUUGGCUCAGGCACUUGAAGAUAUGUUCCUUAGAUCUGCUAAUUCACUUGAGAAGGAACCAUUAACAAUGGCUUCUAAGCUUUUGGAUGGAUCAUCUGAAUUUGUUUUGACUUAUGAAGACAAAGAGGGGGACUGGAUGCUUGUAGGAGAUGUUCCAUGGAGGAUGUUUGUCAGCUCCGUUCGAAGGCUUCGAAUCAUGAGGACCUCUGAGGCUAAUGGACUUGGUAUGUAUAAGUAGAACAUACCCCGAGAUUCAACGAAACCAGUGGAAGGCAAAGAAGCAAGCCCAUUUAGGCACAUCAUCGCCAUCAGCCAUUUGCAACUUCCAUAAAAGAAAUCUACAGAAAAGAAGAAGAAAAAAACUCCACAGGUUGAACACUGAAGCUAAAGCAAACUAGAGAAGUUGAUGAGUUGAAUAUCGAUAUCACGCCCGAGAUUGGUUUCUCGCCACUUGUUAGAGUCAUAGUUCUCGAAUCAUUACAUGAUUCUCGCUGCUGUUUUUUUGGUUGGUUUUGUUUUGUUAGGUGAUAUUCAAUCUAGUUUUUCACUC